AUGGCUGGCUAUCGUUGGCAUCACUUGCAGCUCAAAGAUAAGCUGGAAAGCCGUUGGGAAGUCGAUUGCCGGCUGUGCAAAAAGCCAGUAUUGGGAAGUCGUGGCUACGAAUGCGAGACAUGCAAUUUUUUCCUUCAUGAGUCUUGCCCCGUGCCAACAGACAAGAUAGAGAUAGAGGCCAGACAUGGUUUGAGAAGUACACAUCACUUGAUCUCCAUGAAAGAGGUGGACAACAAUGGCGAGAAUAAAGUUGUUUGUUCAUUGUGCGAGGAACCGGUAUCGGGUUUGUUAGGUAACAAUGGGCCCACCAUUUACAAAUGCUCCAUCCCCAACUGUAGCUUCCUCCUUCUUCAUGAACCAUGCGCACAACUACCCUCCCUAAUUACAACACACCCUCUGCACUUCUUACCAAACCACGACCCUGUUCUCAUACCGUUAGAUGAGACUAAUAAUCGUGAAUUUUGUUGCCGUGUUUGCGGUAAAGUUUUCAGUAGAGGCUUCUUUUACGAUUGUAAUGAAUGUGAUGAUUAUAGUCUCGACAUCAAAUGUGCUUCUCGUUGGCUAAAUAUUAGUACCGCUGACAAAUGUAACCGACACGCUUUCAUCCCCACUCAGGAUCCGAUCGAGUUGACUUGCAAAGCGUGUGGUGUGAAACGCAGUGACUUCGCCUGUCAUUGUAGCAACUGUCUACUUCUGAUUCACUCUUACUGUGUUAGAUUUGUAGGCACCAUCAAAAUUAGAGGACAUGAUCACUCCCUCACUUGCACCUUCUCUCAUAGUCAAGGCAAAAAGCAAGAGUGUAAAGUCUGUUUCGAAGAGAUGGAUACCAAGUAUGCAGCUUACUGUUGUGAUGAUCACAAGUGUGGCUACAUUGCCCACUUACGGUGUGCAUAUUGGCUUAGGAAGGUGAGUGAUUCCGUUGACUAUGCUACUCAUUUGGUCGAGGGCAGCGAUCUUAAAGAGGACGAAAAAACUGGCCCUCAAGAGAUCCAACAGCAUCCGAGUCAUCCUCAACAUAAAUUAAUCCUUAAAAAUGAAGAACUCCAGAAUGUCAAGCGUUGUGAAGGGUGUAUGCAAUUUAUAACGUUGCUCCCGUUUUACGGUUGUGAGGAGUGUAGAUUCUCCCUCCAUAUAAGAUGUGCUAAACUACCCCAAGAGGUUACGCGACUUAAACAUCACCAACACCCGCUCACCCUACAUAAUGUAGAUUCCAAUAUUGGGCAAUCGUUCAAAUGUUGGGCUUGUUGGCGAUCUCGAAAUGGCUUCAGCUACAGAUGUGUCAAGGAUAUCGAUUCAUGUAUUAAUUAUGCAAUAUUUGAUGCUCAAUGUGUUUUAAUUCCAGAAGUCUUUAAACAUAAAGGUCACCAUCACCGCCUCUUCCUUGGUGAAUUUAAUCGACCAGAGUGCAAUGCUUGUGGUCAACGCCCUGGUGGCGCUCAGACAUUUGAUUGCACUACUUGUGGGUUCCGCUUGUGUAUUAAAUGUGCUACUCUUCCACUCGUAACUAGGCAUAGAUACGACGCACAUCUCCUACAUCUCACUUACGCCGCUGCCGAAGACAACUCUGAAGAAUAUUAUUGUGAAAUAUGUGAAAAAGCAAUAAACGAAAAGCUUUGGUUCUAUUACUGUAAACAUUGUGACAUUGCUGCUCAUCCUCGAUGUAUUCUUGAAAAAACUUGGCUGGAGUAGUUACAUUUAUUUAUAUGAAAGAGACAUGAAGAGAGAACCUUGUUAUGUAUAAUUUUAUUCAAUAUACAUUAAUUCAUUAUGACUAGAA